GUGUGUGCAGUGCAGCUAACCUAACCCUGUACAACUGACAUUCUUCAAAGCCAGCACGGAAAUGGGCAUGCUUUAUAUAUUGCAAACCUCCUAGACAAUGUCAUAAUUUGAACCUGAACAAAAGAAGUUGCUGCUUGUUUCCACAAUAGAGGAAAAAAAAUGUCCACUAGCAGAACAACUUCUUCUCACACUAGAGAGAUAGCACGGAGUAGAUCCGAAGGAACUGUGAUUGACGUGGAUGACAGAAAACCUUCAACAAGCUGCGAGUUGCCAGAUGACAAAGAGAAUAAAUUGGAUUCAAUCAUUGACUGGCCAGAGGUGUUCAAACAACAUGCUUAUACUGUUCCCAAGACUAAUCCUUUCUGGAAUGAACUGUCAGCGUCCAACCCUUUUUUAUCCGAUGUAGCUCAGUUAAAUAACAGUGACAAGAACAAUAAAAACAUUUCUGUCUCAAAAGAAGACCCCUAUUUGUUCUCCAGAGAUUCAAGUAACAGGGAUUCUUUUGCUUCAUCGGGUGAUGAGCUAGAUAUUCAUCAUCUUCUGAGGAAUGUUGCAGCAGGGAAAUCGGGGAGAUCUAAGAGUGCCUCUGAACUUCUGGAUAUUGUAGAUGACAAAAGCUUUGAUCCUGACAACACAGCAUCCUCUGGCCAGAUUUUAGAUGCAGACAUGGAAUGGCUUCAAAAUGACCGUGAAGCCUACAAGAUGGCAUGGUUGAGUCAUCGACAGCUGGCCCGAUCUUGUCUAGAUUUGGAUGCGAUGAGUCAUAGUCCAGGAUGGGCACAAACACAACCUACAGACACUCAUGUAAUCUUCAAGGUGAAUCAUAAAGGGGGUUCAGUGCAGCUACCUGAUUCAGAUAUCACAAUUCACAUCCCUGAGGGUCAUGUAUCACCUGGGGAAUUCCAGGAGGUUGGUUUAAGAGCUAUUCUGAAUCCCCCAAAAUCACUUAAUCAUGAUCUUUCAAGCACUGUGAGCCCAUUAAUAGAACUUACAUUAAGUAACCUAAACACAAUGGAAGCCAUUUUACUAGAGAUGAAAAUUGCAGCUGAAGUGAAAAAGGAUCCUUUCAGUCAAGUUAUGACGGAAAUUGUGUGCUUUUAUAGUCUCAACAAAGAAGGUCCUUUUGAAAAGCUGCACAACUACUACAUUUUCACAGAUACGUUACAGGUGAAGUUGACAGAUCUAAGUCAUGUGAUGUAUUCAGUCAUUGCAGUACAAACGAACCCAAUUCAGUCUCUGGCUACAACUGUUUGGGAAUACAUCCACAGAACCCUGUCUAUUGGAAUUUAUGGGCCCAAACAUAUUCAUCCUUCUUUCACUGCAGUUCUUACAGCCUUUGGUCAUAACUACAUUCCAGAAAAACUCACAAUUUGUGACAUUCAAAAGGGUGGAAAGAACAUGCCUCCAGUUGUGUUUAAGCUGUGGGGAAAGCAUACAUUUGUACUUGAUAAGCUACAAGAUCUAAAGGUUUCUUUGAUAUCCUGUGAUCCCGAUUUUGAAGUGAAGUUGGAAGAUCAAAACAAAGAAAUUAAAGAAGGGCAGUUGAAAGCAGGUGAAGUUGUCCAACAGCAGUUUUCAUUUUCUGUACUGGGAACUGGGGAAAUGCAUUUGUUCACCUUCCUAGUUCAGAUUAAAGUCCCAAAUAAUAACCUUGUAACCCAGUUCCAUAUUACAACUCCUGAUCCAGCUCCAAAGUUAACUGGGAUGACUGGUAAGCCAACCCGCUUACAGAAACGCAAAGAGAUCAAAUCAGCUCCUUUUCUUUUGACACCAUCAGUUAUAUACCCCAAGUUUCUAGAUAAGACUUUAAAUAUUACCAACUAUGGAGUGGCCUUGAAAACUGUCUUACGCCAGAAUAAGAUAGACUAUUUACUAGAGUAUUUUAAAGGGGAUACAAUAGCAUUGCUCGGUGAAGACAAAGUGAAGGCCAUUGGACAAACUAAAGUUAAAGAAUGGUAUGUCGGAGUUCUUCGAAGAAAGAUUGGUCUUGUGCACUGUAAAAAUGUAAAAGUGAUUUUAAAAGAACAAGCUAUGGAUAUCAAUGAUAGCCUGCUGCCUACCAGGAAUCUUCUAGAACAAAUUGCACUGCCUUUUAAGAAACUGACAUAUAUCUAUUCCUUAGUCCUAUCUACGGUAUCAGAGAGUGUUUACAACUGGAAAGCUUUGGCUAAUGUGCUAGGAUAUUCACAUAUGUCAUUGAAUGAUUUCAGUGAGGUACCAGCAGAUAAAGAAUCAGAAAGAGUCGCAUACGUGGUGAAGAAAUUGAAGGAAGAUUGCCAUGCUAACAGACCCAAAAGGCAGUUUCUUUAUGAACUCAUUGUUGCACUUCUGAAGUUAGACUGCCAAGGAUUAGUAGCACGCCUUACCCAGGACACUGUCCUUUUGACUUCGGCUGUCAAGCUUGGCAAAUGCUGGAGAGAGCUGGCAGAAAGAUUAGCCCGACUCACAAAGCAACAAAUGGAGGCUUAUGAAGUACCUCACCGAGACAGAAGAGGGGAAGUCACCCAGGAGAUGAUGUGGAAACCUGCAUAUGACUUCCUGUACACAUGGGGUGCUCACUAUGGAGACAGCUAUAGAGAUGUAUUACAAGACCUGCAAUCAGCUUUGGACAAAAUGAAAAACCCUCUAACCAAGCAGUGGCGAGAGUUAACUGGAACUUUGAUUCUAGUGAACUGCAUGGAAAUCUUAAGGGCAAAUGCUUUUUCCAAGAAGGAGGAAGACUAGAAGCUGAAAUUCUUUUAUGAACUAUCUAUUGGAAAACUAUGGUGUCGAUUUUUAUACUCUAUCAUUAUUUUUAAGACUGUGAUUUUUUGAAAUAUAACAGAUCCUUUAAUUUUAGAUUUUUUUCUGCACUUACAUGUAUUACGUGGCACAGACCUUAUGGAACACCAUUUUCCUGAAGGACUCUUAUGUCCUGCAGAAUAAUAUUUAGAGGACCAAGAAGUGGGGAAGUAGCAGUUGGGAAGUGAAUUAGGUCCUUGGAAAGAUUUUAAUUCCAUGGACCAAUUCCUAAAUGAAAAAUUCAUAAGGCUACAACUAUAGAUAAUGAUAAAGCCAAAUCUAUAUUUUGAGAUCAGUGAAACCCCACAUGUUUUGGGUUGCCCUGACAGUAUUCAUUCGUUUGCCCAACAUUUUCAAAAGUAACAAUUUGGACUCUGAUCCUGCAAGUUACAACACGUGGUUUAACCAUUGCGCCCAUGUGGAAGACCCACUGGUGUCAAUGGGGUUCCAAGCAAGCACAUUGCUGUGCUUUUUCAUAAUCUGUUGCAGGCUUGGGGUUCUCAUUGAAAGUUCUGUGGGGUUUGAGUUAGGGAUGUAAAAUCCCAUUAAAAAUGAUAACCUGUUAAGCUAGAUAUGUAACUGGUUCGUGCUGCAGGUGAGGAGCUGUUGGAGCACCCCCACACCCAUGGCACAGUAUGGUGAGCCCAGCCAGACCAGGCAAAAUCCGCAGCACCACACUGUGGGCAGAGGCUACUCCAGGGAGGCCGGGUGCUGGUUAAUCAGUUAUUGGUAAGCAAUGCCAAUUUACAUCCCUAGUUUGGGCAUACAGAAGAAGAUACUUCGAGUCUGAUUUUCAGGUUCGGUUAGCUCUUGUAACUCCAGUGGAAGUCAGUGAGAGCAGAACUGUCUGGAAAACCAAAGUUCAGUUCUAUGAAAUUUUUGGUUUUGGGAAUUUUUUUCAUCCCAAAUCAGGAUGCCUGAGAUCCAUCCAGAGUUUCUUGAAAUUGAACCCUAUCCACAAAACACAGCAAAUUUAAUGAAUAGGCAAAUUCUGCCAAAAAUGUUUUGUUAAUUUUUUUCCUAACUAACUCCAAAUAGGAGAGCAGUACCUCUGUAAAGGCCAGAGAUGUCUUAAAAUGAGCACAGAAAGAAAGGGGUAUUCAAGUUAGUGGCCACUUCUGGAAAAAGUUGGCUUACUUAUGCAGACAUAGCUCUCUACAUUUUGCACUACCACAUUUGUACACAUGAUGCACAGUACAAAUUUACUAAUUCUUCUGCAUGCACCUGAAAAGGGGGUGGAAUCAGAUUUAAAAAAAGGCUGAUCCAUACAAACAGUGACCACAAUGCUGCCCUACAGCAUAUGAUCUUGCAUAUAAGCCACUGCCUCUUAUAUAGCUAUUUUGAAUGGAGAAGAGGGGCUUAGUGGGUAGAGGAAGAAUAUAUAUGCCAUUAUUAUUCAUAAUUCUAAUCUGUGCCAUAAUUGAGGGAAAAUGAGAGAGAAAGGCAGCUAGUAUUUUGUCUAGAAAGGUACAUGCUAGACAUAUUGUUAACAAAAAUAAUUAAAUUGAGGUUCAUUUAUGAUUUGUUUAUACAGAAAUUUGUAUUUGCCUGAUUUCCACUGAUUACAUGCUCUGAAAUAAUGCAGCAUAAAUGCUUUCAGAUGAAGUCUUACCAAUGACAAGAACCAAGUUGCAGUAACCAUGCACCUCCUUAUAGAUAACACUGGUUUGUGCAACAAUCGCAGCCCAAUCAAAUAAUUCCUGGUAAAACAAAGAAGCAAAUAAACUUUUGUUAGCUAGAAGGUAGCAGUAAAAAUUGAAUCAACCUGCAAAAUCCUCAAAGAGCAGCUCUGGAAAACCUGAAGGCUCAUUUGAAUAAACUGGCAAACUUACUACUGGCCAAGUCACUAGUUGCUGGCAAUAGUCUGGUUGAACAGCAAACCUGAGGGUUGGCAGUUGGAGAGAGAAAGCCAAGUUCCACUCUUAUUUACACUGACUCAUGAAAGGUGGCUGGCUUCAGCACAGGUACUUCUGUUUUGCACUGGAGUGAGAAAAGAAUUGGGUCUACAGAGUAUUAAUGCCAACAACAUCUUUGGUGAUCAAGGGAAUGAAGACAAAAUAGAAUUUGAGCACACAGACUACAUAGUGUAGCCUUCUAUGUCCCUGAGAAACAUUUACAUGCUCACAAUGCUGGCUUUGUGCAAUUGUACAAGGAAUUGGGGAGAGACGGUACCACAGAGCUUCCCUACUGCCUUGCACAUUUAUGCAGGACCCAACGAUUGUUCCCUGUUAGCACCACAGGGAAGCAAUGAGCCCCCUGAGCAAAGGGGAGGAAGGUACAGAGUCAUGGCCCAUGUUAUCUUUCCCUCUUGCACUGCUGAGGUGUGUGCGAAUACACACAGUCCCUUCUUAAAGAGCAGUAGAGUGGCUGCCACACUGUGAACCCCUGAGAAGAAUUCUGGUCACAUCUCCCAGAAUGCUUGCUUAGGUCCCAACUUCAGCAUGUUUCUCCUGUACUGCCAAACCUGCUCCUGGCAGAUAUCAUUAUGGUGCAGUGGCUGACUGAGCCAUGCUCACUGUCUUUCUGGAUGAUGAGGGUAAAUAAGUAUUACACUACUCCUUACCCUCCCUAAAAGCAGGCAGACUUGGCUCAUCAAUGAGUUGCUUACUAAUCAUUUCUUGCCUUUCACGGUGCCUUCCCAUACUACAUCUAUACUGCACAAUUAUUUUGGAAUAAGCUAUUCUGGAAGAAAUACUCUGAGAUAGCUUAUUUUGAAAUAACAUGUCUACGCUACAGAGAAGCCUGGAAAUUAGUCCAAGGCAGACUCCCUUAAUGUGGAUGCUCUACCUUGAUUUAGAACCCUAGGAAACAAUGGGGAGUCAUUACUUUGAAUGGCUUGGGGGAUGAACUAUUUCAAAAUAGCAGCAGUGGAGCGGUCACACUCCUGCUUUUCUGAAAUGGCUAUUUUGGAAGAGGCGUUAAUCCUCAUGGAAUGAGGUUUGCAAACACAAAAUAAGCUGCCAGU